UAUGCUUGUAAUGAGGAGCCUUAUAAUGGAUCUUAUGUAUCAACUAUUGAUAGCCCAAUUCAAUGGUGGAAGACUACUGGUGAUGGUACUAAAACAAAACCUGGUGCCCUUUCCUCCUUAGCAAUUAAAUUAUUUUCAGUACGUCCUCAUGCUGCGAGUUGUGAGCGUGUAUGGUCAUGUUGUGGAUGGUUUUUGGGAGAUCGACGUAAUAAUUUAGGAACAAAAAAUCUUGAGUCAAUGGUAAAAAUAAGUUCUUAUUUAAUGUCAAAUGCUAAACAAGAGUUACAUUAUUAUGGAUUAGAUUUGACAGAAGAAGAAAUACAAACUGUCUUUCAAGAUAUUACUUUCUUUUCUGAGGUUAAUGACGAAGAGAAUUCUGAUAAUUCUGAUGAUUCUGAUGAUUCAACAGAUUUUGCAAAUCUUAUUGAUCCCGAAAUUGAACAUCAAGACUUGGAACUUGAAAAUUUUAUAGAAUUAAAUAAU